AUGACUCGUGCAAAUCUACCCAUGUUCGUCAUCUUGCAAGACGAGACGAGACGUGCGCAAAUUCCGAAUCCCAAGAAACAGCCAACAUCUUGCAAGUUGCAAGUGGCGGUCAAUCGAUCAUUCGACGGCGGGAUUCGCGGCCCCGAGCCCGACGCGACCUAUCUCUCUCUCUCUCUCUCUCUCUCUCUCUCUCUCUCUCUCUCUCUCUCUCUCUCUCUCUCUCUCUCUCUCUCUCUCUGCCUCCCCUUCCCCUUCUUCAUUCUUUGUAUGCAGGUGGAUUCGAGAGAUGACGCCGCCGUGAAGACCGCGAUGCAUUCGAGCUUGUGCUGCAUGCAACAGCGACAGGGUCUGUCUGUCAGCUGCGUCUACAGGUACACUACCUUCUCGACGCGUCGUGACGGUGGAGUCAGGGGGAACCGCAAAACAGCCUCAAUCAGUGCUGAAGCCACGCGGGAGGGGAGACCAGCCGCAAAGCUCCACCGGGAGCGCGCUUGUUGUUGGAGUAGUGUACGGAUAGAGGGUCCAUGAAGAAGAAGUUUGAGAUCCCGCCGCUGUAGAAUCUCCAAUUCCAAAACCAAAAAGUCAGCCUCCUUUCGGGAAAACCAAAGAGACUACGCUAUGGAUACUAGGUUCUCAGAACCACUUGCCCCGCAAAGAAGGCUGGACGACCGUUGCAACACUCGUACAUUUCCCAUCCACC